AGUAUAUGCAAGACAGAUUGCGCUAGUAGUUUCAACGUUUUCAUAUCUCAUAAUGUCGGUAAAAAUAUUUUUGCAAAAGAAAGAUCCUAUUACGCGAAAUUUAAGAAAAUCAGAUAUGAGAAUUAAAUACUUGUUAUAUUGAUAACAGACCAAAGCUAAAAUGCAUAAGUUAUAUGAAAUCUGUUAAAAUAAUUAUAGAUUGUUUCCCGUUGAGUCACUACAAACGAAGAGAAAAGGGUGAUAAAAAGCAAAGUUCAAUUACUUUGACGGGCUAAUAGCUAUUUAGUUUUUCCUCAGAAAACAAGUGUACUCUGUUCAGUUGUUAAGAGCGGUAGUUAAUAAACAAAGUAGUUCUAUCUGCUGUAUAAUGUUCUAUUGUAUAUAGUUCAUAUAUACGAGGAAAUUCGAUAUAUGUUUGUAUGCGUACGCGCCUGUGCUUUCUAUACAUAGAAUUUUACGGCUGUGUUAAGACUUUUGUGGUGGUUGUAUAGUUGGCAGGGGGAGGUCUUUAGCCCCCUUCGUGAGGCACACGCCGGUAAUGAGUGUUUAUACUAUAACUACGGCGACACCAAUAACAAGUGCAACAGUAUCAACAACAACGACAACGACGACGACGGGGGUAACAGUGACGACGACGGCUACGUCGACAACAAUAGCGGCGCCGGCGGUUGCCGUGUCGCCUGAAGCUGCACCUGGUUGGAUAGAAUUUUGUGAGAGACACGCCCGCGCUUCAGCUUCUGAUUUCGCCAAGGCUUUUUGUACUUACGUCAGUUUAAAUUUACCCGAAAGCGCUAGAUCAAAUCUUUCUCACCGUGAUUUUUUAAGGAAAUUCGUUGAAAGCUUUUGCGAGCACUUUGAAAGCGAAUAUCUGCGUCGUACAAUUAGAUCACCAUCUUUAUAUGACACCAGACAUACGAUAACUAAUGAUAGGGAUAUUAAUGUUGCAAGUCAAAAUAAUAAUGCUCCUGUACGUAUCUCAUCUCAUGAGGAAUUCAGUGAUUAUUCUGAGCACGAUGGGGAUGCAAUAUCACCAAAACCAAUACAUAAACCCUUUUUCCGUCGUUUAUCUUUUAAAGGGCUUAAAAAAGGUAAAAGCUUCUUUCACAAGCAGCAAAGCGACGAGGUGGAAUUAUCUCAUAGCGAACAUCGCAGAGAUAAACAUUCAAAAGCUAAGCUUUCAAAGAUUGUGGUGGAAUGUAGAAAAGAAGGCAUUGUUAAUUCCUUGAUGGGAGAAAAUAUUGAUGGAACUCAGAAAUGGGAAAAAUCAAGACUUGCCUUAAUAAAAGCAAUUGGUGGAUACAUGUUAGAAUUUUAUUCUCCUCCAAAAGCAGUAAAACCACGUAGUGGUGUGUUUUGUUCUGCGAUAACCGAAGCCAGAGAAACAACUGCAUUAGAGAUGCCAGAUCAUGAAAAUACAUUUGUAUUAAAGACACAAAAUAUGGAAUUUGUAAUAGAAGCUCAUGAUUCAAAUGAUAUGAGAUCAUGGUUAGCUACUAUUAAAUAUUGUAUGCGCACAGUACAACAAAGUUUUUUUAAUCCUAGUUGUGGAACAGAUGCUACUGAAGAUUCUUUAGGUCAUGGUUCAUUAGCUAUUGGUAAUGAAGGAGAUAGAUUAAGAACUAACUCUGCAAGUAAAAGUUCUCGAUCUACAGCCCACGAACACGGGGAUGAAGCACCAAGUAACCCACCAGAAAUACCUCCAAGACUUCGUAUGAGAAGUAAUAGUAAUUUAGAAUUAUGUUCAUCACAAGAUAUUGAUCAAAAUGAUGGUGAAUUGGAUUUAUCGCAUAGUUUAAGAGAGUAUCCAUGGUUUCAUGGAACUCUUCCUAGAUCAGAUGCAGCACAGCUUGUUUUACAUAGUGCUGCUAAUGGUCAUGGUGUGUUUCUCGUUAGGCAAAGUGAAACCAGAAAAGGAGAAUUUGUAUUAACUUUCAAUUUCCAAGGCAGAGCAAAGCAUUUACGUAUGACAUUGAACGAUCAAGGGCAGUGUAGAGUUCAACAUCUUUGCUUUCCUGCAAUAUAUGACAUGCUUGAACAUUUUCGUAAAAAUGCUAUACCUCUUGAAUCAGGUGGGACAGCCGAUGUAACUUUAACGGAAUUUGUCGUAGCAAAUCAUGCCAUACGACCAGGACACCAUAAUGUAGCUGGAGUGAACCAACAACAGUUACAAGAAAGAAGACCUCCAGCAGCUCCAGAGCCAAGAGAAGUACGCACAUAUGGAGGUUCUAUACGAACACGUACAGAAUCACUGGAGAGACUGGAACAACAAAAUAACAUUACAGAACAACAAAGUUCAUCAUCAUCUAGUGGUAGAGCAAUUCAAAACACUUACAGUUUUCUUUGACGAUGGAUUCACAAUACUUUACCAUCAGGCUAUAAUCCAGUUAGUUCUUUAGAUUAAAUAUUUUCCACAUCAACUUAUUUUAUAAACAAAACCAGGACCUCAUUGCCAUUGUUUUAAACAAUUACUGGAAAAAAAUAUAAUUUUUCCAAUUUUAUUUUGUAACAAAAGGUUUUAUUUGUUAAAACGUUUUUUUUUUUAUCUUUUAACGAAAACAUAAAGUUUGAAACGUAAUUGUUUAUUGAUGUAAAUAGAAUUUAUGAGCUGUACUCUUUUGCACGUUCAGAUAUAUCAGCUCAAAGUUUCAUAAUAUUAAAAACAUUGCGGCCUGCUUGUCGUUAUUCUAUUACAAGAAUAAAGGGAAUAUUCUAAAAUCAUAGAAAAUUAUCCAUCAUGCCAAUUAAUUUACUUAUUGUUAGAUAUGUGUACUUAUACAUAUAAACGUGUAAAGAAAUUAUAUGCAAAUGUAAGUGCAAGUUAGUUCUCUUGUAUAUGUAAUGUAAUUACAGAAAACCUCUUUUCUAUUCUGUUCUUUUCUUAUAAAUUGCAGAACAUACAACUGAUAGAUAGUACUUUUGUUGAACUUUAUUUUAAAAAUUCAACAACUAGUCUUAAUAUUAUAUGUAAUUAUAAUCCUCAAUUUUUAAGCAAAAAAUCGAAUUGUAAUAUUAAAUCCGAGCAAAAUUAAAACAUCAAAUAUAAUUUUGUAUUAUUUUGAAGUACAGUUAAUAAGUUUUAUAAUAAGUUAAGUGGUAAAACAUAUUAUUAAACUGCCUAGUAUAUAAGAAUUAUUCAUAUUGUAGAGCAGUAUGGCUGAAUGUGCAAAAUUAGAUUAUAAAGGAAUGUAUAACUAUUCAAAUCCUUUGGAUAGUUAAAAAUGCAUGAAAUUCAUAAAAAAGCAUAUAACUAUUUUUGUUAUAAAA